AAUUCAAAUCAGUCCAAUAGCUAUCGAGAACUGCAUCGCGCAUGCGUUCGGCGAUGUUCGAAAUAAUUGUUUGAAAAAAAAAGAAGAAAAGCUUUGUUUAUGUGACUAUUUGAAUUGAGAAUUUGUGAACAAAAUGGCGUUGUCUAUCGUGCGAUUAGGAUUAAGAUCUGUAAUUAAUUUCGAAAGAAAUGCAGCUGUAAUAUCUGUGACCAGUGUGCCUAAACAAUUAAAAUUAAUCCACACGAAACCAGCGUGUAAUGGCAGCGUAUGCUACUUAGCGGAUCUCCCCCGAGACAGGGAACUCCGAUCAGACAGAGGAUCCGCACUCCGGAGGUACAGCAAGCACCACGGACGUCCCGAGGAGGACCGGCGGAAACAGUCUGAUAGCGACUCCGAUUCGGAUACUGAUACAGAAUGCAAGGGAUAUGAUCGAACGGAGUUCUGGCGUCGUAAGAUGCGCACAGUUCACAACAUCCUGGACGUGGACAAGGAUGGUCUGAUCUCAUUCAACGACUUCAUACUCUUUGCUGAGCGGUUCAAGUCACUAGGACAUCUCACGAACCAGCAGGCGGAGGAAUUCACCAGUAUUAUCAAGCUAACAUGGGAGGAGCAGUGGGGUGCAAUAGACCCGUACAACUUCGUCACAGUGGAACAGUACCUGGAGGACAUGCAUCAUGUACUGAAUGACAAGUCGCAGAAGAAGAGGGCAUAUCGUUGGCUGCCGUAUUUGUUCAAAGCGGUAGACAAGGACAAAUCCGGCUUCAUAUCAGUCCACGAGUUCAAGCUGUUCUUCAAGUGCUUGGGGCUGGACAAUGAGAAGGCAGCUGUCGCCUUCGCAGUCAUAGACGUUAACGGGGAUGGCAAGCUAUCACAAAAAGAAUUCGUGAAGUUAGGAAAAGAGUUCUUCUGCACAGAAGACGAGAAGAAAGUGUCCAAAAUGUUCUGGGGACCACUAAUUCACUAAGUCAUAGGAAUAUCACCUUUAACGCAUAGGAAUAAGAGUCAUGAUUGACUGCAGUUAUUUUGUUAGGUUUUUUAAUUGUAAUUUUAAUGUGUAUGUGUGUAAAAUUAGCUAUUUUCAUUAAGUUUUUUAUUCUGUUAUAUCUAUUGCUGUGAAGGCAACUAUUAAUGAUGUUGGAAAUAAUAUGUGCAGUUCUGCCUACCCCUUAACGGAUAAAAGGCACGAUAUAAUGUUUUAAAAUACAAUU